CGGCAUUCAACAUAUAUUCUAGAUAGAGAGAACAAGUCUAUCGCAUUUAUUAAAUUUUUUUUAGAUUUUUUCCAAGUUUUGCACAGCACAUUGUAGACGUUGCGUGAUAAUAUUUGGGUAUUCGUUUCGAAUUGAAGGAUGGGGGACCACGCGGACCAGAACCACGAUGAGGUACCCACUCUGGAAGGUGUCAUCUGGCACGAUGUGGUGGACAGAAUCGAAUUUGAAUGCCGGGCAUUCAGCACUGGUAAUAUGGAUGCACUGCAACGUCGACGUCAAGUGGAGUGUGCCCUCAAUCGUGUGAUGCCCUGGAAUGAUGUACACUUUUCCCGAAUCAAUCUACCCCAUUCGCAUUCCUUUGAGUGCAACAAUCCCGCCGAUUACAGGCGCAUGAUGACCGAAAAUAUGGGUGCCACAACGCGAGUUUGCAUCGGAACAGCCACUUUCUGGUGUAUUCCUUCACUUCUGCAAUUCCAUUGCAAUUAUUUCGAACGUCAUAUUCGCCGGGGCUAUCGCUUUCGCGAGGGCGCUGACCUUACUGCUGUGGGUUUUCGAGCUGCCUACGAUUGGAUGAGAUUGCAAGAGUCUCUGGGAAACGAUAUAGGAGCGGAACAAGUGGUUGCCACGCUGCAUACGGCCAUGCAACUAGAGAUGCGAGCACUGCAGACGGACUGUUAUCGAUUCCUGUGCGGAGCCCACUUCCGAGAGGAGAUCGCCUUCGAGGUUUACCUAAAGGCCCUGAAGUAUCCCGAGCUCGAAGCGCUCCGCAAGGUGAUGCUUCAGAGGAUCGGGAUCCAUUUUCUGGCCGUGGUGGGGGGAAUCCAUUUUCGCCAGAUGCCCCUAGAGGAUGUGAUCACCAUGAUUUCCCAGGAUUCUUUGGGGGUCAAUUCCGAGGUGGAGGUCCUAUUUGCCCUUAUCUGCUGGCUAGCCCAUCGUCCGCAGGAAUCCCCAAGCCUGAUGCCACAACUGAUUGGGUGCGUUAGAUUCACCUUAAUGCCACUACCCGUUCUACGAAGACUGUGGGACAUAUCUUCGGUGUCCAGCAGCCCCUCGAGUACCGACGGUACUUUUUGGCUCGCUUUUCAUAACGAUCUCAAAAUGCGGGAGAGGAUCAGUAUUGCGAUCACUGUGGCGUCGCUGCGACUUCUGCUUCCCACUCGUCGCGAAAUUCUCGAAUCCCUGAAGGAUGUUGAAGUGGAGGCCCCAAGGGAGUGGAUGUACGACGAAGCGUGUUCCUAUCACUUGCCGUACCCCAAGGGUCCCUACAGUCAUGUUGUGAAUGGUCAAGGAAUUCUUUCCUAUGUCUCGCAGAGAGCUCAGGGUUCGAGGAAGUUCCAGACGACAUGUCCAAGGCGUUCAAGGUCCCUCCUGCCUGCUAACAAUGAUCUACAGACCAUUGAGGAGGUACCAGAGGAAGAUAGAGGAGAGGAGAAUCGCGAAGAAGCCGCCGGACCUGAACCUAAAAGCCAAGAUCUUACCGUAGCAACCCAGCAGAUCUUGGACGAGGGCGAAAACAACGUCGCUGAUGAAAAUGUGGAUCACUCGGAAUUCCAUGAACAGAUUAGGGAACUAAACAGACUUGGGAUGGAAGCACGAUUACUAGCGGACGCUCUUCGUUCACGGCGAUUGAGAUCAAGGGCUCGAGAUCCUGAGACCUCUUCGGAAUCUGGGAAUGAAUUAGAAAUAUGCGCUACCGUUGGAUCCGAUAAUGUGCUACACCCCACACGAGUGGAAUUUCGCACCCGGCGAAAUGGGGUUACGUUUCCUGCCACGUCUCCGGCUAUGGAAGAUAGUUCCCAUUACAGACGUUGGGAGGAAGCACGAAGGAGGGAGGCUCAAGUCGGAUUCAAGGAGUCGGAGGAUGAGGAUGAGGAGGAUGAGGAACAGAUCGAAAACUACAUGAUGGAGUUGGAAGCUAUGUGCCUUGAAUUGGAUCUAUUUCUGCCCUACGAAGAGGAUCCUCAGUCUCCCGAACCGAAAGUUACACCACCCGAGGGUCAGAUUCAUCCCCUCGAAACCUUUGUGCAGGAAACAGAUCUCCUGAUCAAAGGGUUAUUAAACCCUAUUGACUAGAAUGUGAUGCCUCAGGCCCCUUAGCGCUCAGUUUAUGGAUGUAUAGCCCCUUUAAAUUGCUGUUCACCAAAACAGCUAGUGGAUAUAGUUAUUAUUUCGAGUUACAAAUAUAAUAUUAAAAUUGUCAAGAGCA